AGUAGCUGUCAAAUGCGCGGCGCCUUUAACCGGCGCGAUCAGUGCGGCUCGGCGAGUCAUGGCGACCGCAGCCUCCAACCACUACAGCCUGCUCGCCUCCGGCUCCCCCAUGGUGCACGCCGAGCCGCCCGGCGGCAUGCAGCCCGGCGGCGGCUACCGCGACGCCGGCGCCCUGGUGCAGGCGGACUACGCGCUGCAGAGCAACGGGCACCCGCUGAGCCACGCUCACCAGUGGAUCGCGGCGCUGUCCCACGGCGGCCCCGGCGGUGGCGGCGGCGGCGGCGGCGGGGGCGGCGGCGGCGGCGGCGGCGGAGAGGCGCCCUGGUCGGCGGGCGCGCUGGGCCAGCCCGACAUCAAGCCGGCGGUGGUGCAGGCGGGCGGGCGCGGCGACGAGCCGCCGCCGCCGCAGCACCCGCCGCCGGGGCGGGCGCCGCACCUGGUGCACCACGGCGGCGGCGGCGGAGGGCACCACGCGGCGGCGGCGGCGGCGGCGGCGGCGGCGGCGUGGCGGGCGGGCGGCGCGGCGCACCUGCCGCCCGGCAUGGCCGCGGCCAACGGCGCGCAGGCGGGGCUGCUCUACUCGCAGCCGCCCGGCUUCACCGUCAACGGGAUGCUCGGCGCCGGGCAGCCCGGGCUGCACCACCACGGCCUGCGCGACGCCCACGAGGAGCCGCCGCCGGGGCCGCCGCACCACGGCCCCGAGCACCCGCCGCCGCCCCACGGCCCCCAUCCCGGGGCGGCCGGGCCGGCGCCGUCCGCCGCCGCCGCCGCGCCCCCCGGGCCGCCGCCACACCACGACCCGCACUCGGACGAGGACACGCCGACCUCCGACGACCUGGAGCAGUUCGCCAAGCAGUUCAAGCAGCGGCGCAUCAAACUGGGAUUUACCCAAGCGGACGUGGGGCUGGCGCUGGGCACCCUCUACGGCAACGUCUUCUCGCAGACCACCAUCUGCCGCUUCGAGGCCCUGCAGCUCAGCUUCAAGAACAUGUGCAAGCUGAAGCCUUUGUUGAACAAGUGGUUGGAGGAAGCGGACUCCUCCUCGGGCAGCCCCACCAGCAUAGACAAGAUCGCGGCGCAGGGCCGCAAGCGGAAAAAGCGCACCUCCAUCGAGGUGAGCGUCAAGGGCGCGCUGGAGAGCCACUUCCUCAAGUGCCCCAAGCCCUCCGCCCAGGAGAUCACCUCGCUCGCGGACAGCCUACAGCUGGAGAAGGAGGUGGUGAGAGUGUGGUUUUGUAACAGGAGACAGAAAGAGAAGCGCAUGACUCCCCCGGGAGGGACGCUGCCGGGCGCCGAGGACGUGUACGGGGCCAGCAGGGACACACCGCCGCACCACGGGGUGCAGACCCCCGUGCAGUGAACUCGCGGCGGGGGCGCCCGGCCCCUCCUCCUCCUCCUCCUCCUCCUCCUCUUCUCCUCCUCCUCCUCUCCUUCCCCCAACUUUUGAUUGUCCUCCUUUUUUUUGUUUGUUUGUUUUUCUUUUUUUAAUUAUUUUAUUUUCUCCUAUCUUUAAAAAAGACAAAAAAUCAAAAAAAAAACCCAAACAAAUAACGCGAAAAAAGAGAAAAGAAAACAAAAAGCGAGCGAGCGAGAGGGCGAGCGCCAAUCACAGUGGACAGACAGACAGACAGACAGACAAAGCACCUGCACCACACUGUCCCCUUAGACGGUAGCAGGUGCGAUGCUGUAUUUUGACCUUUCCAGACGAGUGCCCGUGCACCGGAGUGGAGUGAGUACCGCGCACGGGCAGGCAGGCGGGCACCGGCAGGGCAGCGGCAGGUACAGGCAGGGCAGGGGCAGGCACCGGCAGGGCAGGCGCAAGGCGAAGCGGUUCGCACAAAACUCUCGCUUGCUGGCAAAAACAUACGGCGCUGCCCUACCGGGGAGGGGCGAAGGGGAAGGGGGUAUGCAGCCACCUCGGGUCCCCUCUGCAGCCCCCUUCCGCCACACAAAGGCAGACUGCAUUGUGGAAUGUCGCUCGGUGUUGGCACAUGCUGCUGUGUUUAUUUUCUGUGGAUCCCCUAUAUGAAUAUAUGGGAAAAAAAAAAAAAAAGGAAGAGAACUGAAAAGCUAUCCCUUUUGAUGUAGACAGUAUUUAACCUUACCAAUUUGCACUGCAAGAAAAUCGAAGUUUACAUAAACAAACUCUUUAUUUUUUCUUUUUUUCCCCUUCCUUUCCGACCUUAAUUUUGCAAAUGACUUGCAUUUUCCACGGUGAGCGUUAGUCAACCAGUGACCAAUCUACGAUAUGUUAAUGUGUUUUAGCCUUUGCUUUAUGUGUAUAUGUGAACUUUUGUUAUAAACAAGUCUUCUUAAAUACGUGUAACGCUUAUUUUCUCCUUUUACUGAAGCAAAAAGAAUUAGUGUAUGUGUAUGUAUGUAUGCAUAUGCAUGUGUGCGUAGACUUACAUAUAUACACAUACAUAUAAUUUCUAUAUAUACACAUAUAUUUGCACCUCAGCUUCUGUUCUCCAGAGACGUGACUCUCGUAAUUGCUUAAUAUAUGCCUUCAAUGGCAAGAGUAGAGUUUGGAGAAGGGAGAAUAAAUGCAAAUCAACAAAGUAAACUUCAUUUUCAGGCAGUGUGUCCAGGGGCCGAGGCGCAGCCAGAAGGGAGUAAAAAAAAUAUGUGCAAUCCUUCCAGAUUGUGCCAGUGUGGAUGAUCAAGGCCCGGUGUGGGGAAGGUGGAGAGGGAACUACAUGUUUCCAGGGUUUUCCCGGAGAAAGUAGCACUUCCUUGAGAGGGAAAGGGGAUUAUUUCUUUUCCCCAUCACCACCCCCUCAGCGCCCUUUCCUUCCCCUCCUCCCCCCGCAGCUCCCUUGCGUGCGUGCCUUUGGCAUCCCCAGUCUCACAGCCCGGGCAACCUGGGCUUAUAUCAGCCUACAAACUUUCUUUCAUUGAGCAGUUUCGCAUUAAGACAGAGCCAGGGAGAACCUGAGGAGCUGCUGGGCCUGAGGUGGGGGUCGGGUGCUUACAACUGCCUGUAAACACACGCUGCCCCCUCCUCUCCGCAGAGACCGUGUGCAUUUCUUUCCCACUUUUAAUUUUCGUAUUUAUUUUAUUUUAUUUUCUAUUUGUAUCCAGCCCCUCUCCCUCCCCAUCCUCCCCUUGUCCUUUGGUCAGAUUGUGGUAUAAUUUAUUGAAGGAAAGGACCAGUUAUAACUUGGGCAGCCUUGUGUCUUUCACUGGGGAAUGAAA